GUGCGCUGUGCAACGGCGUCUUGUGUCGCGGUCGUCACGUGUGUUACAGUAGCGAAGGUAGGGUAUGUGGAAUAGCGCUCAAGCGCGCACAUACGUCAGUAGCACGGUAAGAGACACGACGUUAGCUGGACAUCGACUGGUGUAGUCGACGAAAAAAAGGGAGAAAAAAAAAGGAUCCUGUGAUUCAGAAGAAGUCUUCCGAGGGUGUACCAUGCCAAAGGAGAACGGAAAUUAGGACGACAAAAGCAGUCAACAUCGACCUGGAACUGUCAUGGAACGGCUCUCGAGAGUGGCAUGUUAUUUUCGAUGGAUGAGAAACACGACACCUCACGACAUAAGCGAACCGAUCGCUGAAGAUGAUGGGAAAACCGUGGAGGUUGAACGAUGUAAAAAUGUCGGGUGUAAUUUCGAAGCUUCGAAGCGGCUUUGCAACAUUUUGGAGAGUAUCCUUCUUUGGGAGAACUCCGUGAACAGUAUCUCCGUCGUCAUCGUAUUCAACAUACUGUUUUGGGGUAUUAUUGUGUUAGAGGUUCGUGGCUUUGCUGCAGCCAGCAGUGCUGCGCUGGUCAUAGUCCUGUGCUAUAGUACCUUGGAAGCCCAUGUUCAAAAAGAGAAUAAAGCACCUAACACAACUAUAUCAUGCGCGAAAAUAGAACAGAUUGAGAAGAUUGGAAAAAAAGUGAAAUCAGCAAUUUAUAGUUUGAAACAAUUGAGAAAAGAUCAACCAGGAGUGUUUUGCACUGCGGUAUGUUCUCUCUCUUUGUGUUUAUGGAUUAUUGGUCGUACUAUAAAUGGUGUACUUCUUGCGUACACAAUAUGUAUGAGCAUUCUGCUUGGACCUGCAUUAUUAUUAAAACUACCAAAUAAGAUGUUAUCGCAUAAAGAAUGGGAUAGCGAAAUUGAAGAAUUUUUACCAGCAGUAACAGAGGACAAUCUUCAAGUUCUUACAAGGGCAGGAGAAUCAGGAGAUCAAUCUCCGACACCAACGAGUGUGUUGUCUGAUGCUCAAAAUGAAUUUUUUAAUGAUGAUGAUCUUAUGGGUUUGAAAAUGCCAUCCCAUGAAGAUGGAAGUACUGAUGGUGUAGAAGUUUCGGAAUUAGAACUUAGUGUUGAAGAAACGGAGAUGGAUGGUAGUAAAUUCCAAAAUGGUCAUUUUGAAAAAGGGUCAUCCUCUGAAGGAGAAGCAGAACUCGAACCACUAUCAAGAAAAUCAAUUAGUCACAGUGAUGAAAGUGGUAGCGAAUUUGAAAUAAUUGAUAGUCAGGAUGUUGAUGACUUAGACAUUGCAUGAAAAUUACAAAAAUGUGAACUGUGAAGUUAUUAUUAUGCAGAAAUAGGCUUAAAGCAGUUGAUAAUUUUAAAUAUAGGGUACUGGACCCUAUUAAUGUGCCAUUAAACUAACUUGCAUGUUAAUGAAUUACUUAAUGAAUUCUUUGAUUCUAAUUUAGUCUGCUCAAAUUUUUUAAUUAUAAAUUUUUCUGGUCACUGCACUCUCAGAAGUAUUUUAUAAUAUAAUUACUGCUUCCUCUAGUGGAAACAAUAUUAAUUAUCAAUUCAUUUACUUCUGUUAAGUAUUUAUUCCUUAACGUUUCAUAAGGAAAAUAAUGUUUAUUAUACUUCAGUUAUUUAAAAAUGCCACAUUUUCUUUAGAACACGUACAAUUAAUAAUUUAACUCAACUUAAAGAAAGGAUUCGAAUAUUUUCCCCAAUUCUUUUAUGGUUUUGUUUGACCAUAAAGGCACACUAAUAGAGACAGACUCACUAAUGCAAACCAGUACCUUAUUUUAUAUAUAAUUCGUUAAUGAUAUAAUCAAAAUUAUUUUGUUUAUUUGUUAGCUAUACGCUUCAAUUUAUUGAAUAAAUGUUAACAAAUUUGUAUUAGUAUUAUUGGAGAAAAUUAUGUUUAGGAAAAUAAUGUCAGUUAUUUUUUAUUAGACUUCUGACUGAAGUAAAAUUUGGAUAAUUAGAAUUAGAGAUUUUUUGACUUUGUGCAAAUGAUAGCUUCUCAGUAGUUUACUUGUACCAAUGUAUACUUAUGUUGAAGUAUACUUAUAAAGUUGUACAUAUUAUACGCAAAAAAGAAAUUUUAUCAUUUUAAUUUUUAUUUUUGUUGACAUAUAAAUUAACUAUACCUGUAGUAUGUGUACGAAGUUUUUGGUGUAUAUAAAAGUUCAAUUAUUAAUAAGAAAUUAAAAAAGAGAAAUCGAUGAAAUAA